UCCAUAGAGAGGAAAUAUCACGGCCCACUGACCGCCAAUACAAGAAAAGAAGGAGCCGGUGACCCCAGUGGAGACAGAAGUUCAUGGGGAUGUUCCUGGGGCAGACCUCCUGGUCCUGAAGCUGCCGCCCGCCUCACUGAGUAUUCCAUUCCGGAGGGAAGUCCACUCUCGGGGAGAGAUGCUGCUGCCAGCCCACUUCCUGCUGCUACUGCUGCUGCUCCUAGGGGCCCCCAGGACAGGCCUCUCCCAUAAGUUCUACAAAGCUGAGUCUAUCUUCAGCUGCAUCAACACAGCCCUGUCUGAGGCCAAGAAGAGCCAGCUGGAGGAUGCACCCCUGCUGAGCAAGAGAAGCUUCCCCUACCUGCCCAGCCAAGACCCCUCGUCAGGAGAGGACGAGGAGAAAGAGGAGGAGGAAGAGGACAAGGAGAAAAGGACCUUCCUUGGCUCUGGGGUUGGCGGUGGAGCUGGAAGCACUCGGUACAAAUAUCUGUCCCAGGCACAGCUCGGGGGGAAGCUGUACCAGGACAAGGCCAAGAGUGACCGGCGCACCAAGUUCACUCUGUCCCUCGACGUCCCCACUAACAUCAUGAACAUCCUCUUCGACAUUGCCAAGGCCAAGAACUUGCGAGCCAAGGCAGCUGCCAAUGCCCACCUGAUGGCACAGAUUGGGCGGAAGAAGUAGAAG